CUUGCAUCGACUACAAUAUGAGUACAGACCAACAAAUGCAUCUGGCGGUAGCUCCCAGAGCUAGCUCGUCGCAUCUGAACAAACCAGCACGUCAGCUUGUGCCCGCUUUUCUCCAGAAACUAUAUGAGAUGGUUAAUGACCCCUCAGACCAUGAUCUCAUUCGAUGGUCUGACACCGGUGACUCCUUCUUUGUCCUUGACCAAGAGCGCUUCGCAAGCGAAGUCCUAGGACGCUGGUUCAAACACAAGAACUUCUCCUCAUUUGUCCGCCAACUCAACAUGUACGGCUUUCACAAAAUUCCUCAUCUCCAACAAGGUGUACUCCGCUCGGAUUCUGAUACCGAAUUCUGGAACUUCGAGCACCCCCAUUUUCUCCGUGGCCAACCGGAUAUGCUCUGCCUUAUCCAGCGUAAGAAGCAGGCCGUAUCCGCCUCUGACGUCACCUCCGCCGUCGCUGAAGUUCCCAAUAAAGACCUGGGUGCAGCUGCAUCUGCAGGCGCCUUGACCCCUGGCCAAUUAAUGGACAUGAACUCAAUCGUGAAUGGUAUUCAAGCCAUCAAAAGACACCAAGCCGCCAUCUCUGCUGACCUCAACGACCUCAAGUCUUCCAACCAACAUCUUUGGCAGGAAGCCAUCGCUGCUCGUGAGAGGCACAAGAAACACCAGGACACCAUUAAUCGUAUCCUCAAAUUCCUUGCUGGUGUGUUCGGUCAUGCAGACAAUCCAAUACGCAAGGAUGAUAUAGGUGGAGGUGGGGUUGUCAGUGGUGGUGAGGGGAGUGAGAUCGUCGCGAGGAAGCCACAGCGGUUGAUGAUUGGCGAUGGACGCAAUGACGGAGGGAGUGGUGCAAAGAAGGGUGUCGACAUUGCUGAGAUUAUGGAGGACCAACAGAGGACCAGCAUAGAUAGUGCAAAGUCUUCUGAGAUGGAUUUUUUCGCAUCUCUGGACACACCUUCUGCUAUCCCAUCUGAGUAUGGUCCUUCGUGCAAUACUUCACCCCGAUUUGCAUCCAUUGAACCUUCUCUUCCUGAUGCCCCAACUCCCUCAGCAGAUGCAAAUACCACGUCAUGCCCCAACACCGCCCCAAUCAGCACCACGACUACAGCCAAUGGCAUCAAUCUAAACACAUCAAAUAUAAAUACCGCUCCACCCACCUCACCAAAUACCGCCCUCCCUCGCCCUGCCCCGAUUCACCACUCAGUCUCUGCACCUGCUUUCACCUCCCUGACUACAACAUCCCCUCCGCCUUCCCCACAGAAUGAUGCCCUCAUCCAUGCUGCACUAUCCCAGGUGCUCUCAUCUCCUGUGCAGAUGCAGAAACUGAUAGCUGCUCUCGGCGGGGGUGGGUUCUCGUUUCCAGGAGAUGGACACACGCAAGGAAUAAUACCACAAUCCAUUAUGCAGCAGCCUUUCCCCGCCCAGCCACAACCCCAGCCGCAGCCGCAAGCCCAGUUGCCCCAGCAACACACAAACGCCAAUCCAGCACAACUAAUGCCGUACGACCCCCCCAUGUUCCAGACCGACUACUCUGGUCCAUACGCCCUCUCUCAAAAUGAUGGUGCUGAGUUAGCGGCUUUCGAAGCACACGAUGAUCACCUGCAGAAGACUUACUCUACAGCACACGAGAUCAACACAGAUGUUGACUCGCUAGAGACAAACAUUCAUUCCCUUAUUCAGAGCCUUGGCUUUGACCCGUCGACUUUUGACGCUACUGACGGCGCACAGCCGCAUCUCGAUGAUCCCUAUGGGGUAGGUUCGGGGCAGGAUUCUUUUGACAUUGGCUCAUAUCUUAACGGGAUGGAUCUGGCGCAUGAUGCGGCUGGGCAUACGGGCCAGGGUGAGGAAGAUCCGGAUAUGGAGAGCUUGAGGUUGGCAGACAAGCUGGAUUCGUCAACGGCGCGUGGAGCAGGCGUAGACAAAAAAGUGCCAAGUGAAGAGAUGCAUGCAUUCCUUGACGGGGUUACUUCUCAAAAUGGCGGCGUGGACAUGGCCACGUCUUUGAUGCAAACAACCCAAAGUGCGAACGCCACGCGAGGCCGCAAACGCAAAUCAGACAUACCGGAUGUUGAUUCACUCUCUGGUCCAACAGAAUCGACAUCAUCAUCAGCAGGAAGUAGGACUAAAAGGAAAAGAUGAAUAAAUAGCAGGAUGGGCGACAUGAUGUGAGUAAGGAAUGUCAAAACACUGUAGAGCUAUAUUGAUACUGCUACCACUGUGUUAUUAUAACGUUACCGUUAUAUGUAGUGCUGUAAUACGUCGAAAAAUG